UUUAUUAAAACUAUUAACGUCUGAAACAAGUAAAAGUUAUUAACAUAAUAUCAGUAACUACAAAAAAAAAAAAAAAAAACUACAAUCUACGUUAUUAAAAAUAACCGUAGAAGAUUAAUCGUAGUAAAAACAAUUAAAGAAAAAAAAAUACUCAAAUGAAUAUUAAACACAUUAUUCUGAUUUUGGGUUUUGUUGGUUCUUCCAUAUGCAUGCCGGUUUCUGAAGAAGGAUCUGCCGAAGAAGAUAACAAAAGUGAUUUAAAGUUAGAAACAAAAUCUCACAAGGAGGUUAAUGGCUUAGUUGCAUUAGCACCAGCAGCAUUAUCAGUUAAUGUAACAACUAGUAAAGAGGUUAAAUCUAAAUCUACUAAAUUGAAAACUGUUGCUACUAACAAAAAAACUUCAAAAGAAAGUAACAAGUUGCACACAAGAUGUCAUCAUCAUUGUCAUUGUCAUCAUGAACAUGAGCAUUGUGGACACCACUGUUGCGAAGAUCACGAAGAUCACAACGAUGAAUGUGGUCAUGAUCAUCAUCAUCAUUGCGAUCAUGAUGACGGUCAUGAUCACCAUGAACAUCAUCAUUGUGACUGUCAUCAUGAUUGUCAUGGUUGUCAUGAAGAACACUGCCAUGAAGAGCACUGUCCUUGCGGACAUUGUUGUGACUACUGCUGUUGCGAAAAUGAACACUAAAAAUAAGCUUAGGUAGCGUAUUUGGAAACAAUGUUUUGAACAAUAGAAUAUAAAACAACUAACAACUUAUAAAAUUUAUUUAUGAUAUACUAGUAAAAAAAUAGUUUAACGAGCA